UGCAUUCAUUUUAUACUCACCCUUCUCUGCUAUUUUGCAGCAAAAGCUGAAAAACAACAACUCAAUGAAGAUUUAGAGAAGACUUCAAGGGUUGAAGCUCAUAUAUGCUCACAGAUACCGGAGAAACAAAAAAACGAUUGCCUCUCUAGAAUUGAACUCGGCAACACUUACCCAAGUACUUACAGAAGUAAUUACUAUGCGUAAUGGCCAUCCUUCUAGCUGAACUGAAUUUGCCUACUCUGGGCAUUGGUUUAUCUAUGAAGAAAGCAG